AAAAGUGCAAUAUUUAACAUAAAAUUGAUUAGCACAAUCUGUGUGCGUGUAAAAAGGUGAAGAAAAAAGUAAAUUUUUGGAAAGCCGUAGAAGGCAGCCAAGAAGCAGAACGACCAGCGACGACGCAGCAGUAUCAGCGCGUUCUGCAAGUGUAUUAGUGUUAAAGGCGCACAGUCUACACGCGUAAAUACAUAUGUACGAGCAUAUGUAUGUGUAAAUAAGCAAUCGAAUAUAUAUAUAUAUCUAGAUACAUACAUAUAUAUGUACACAAGUAAAUAAGCAAAUUACCAAACGCAGCCACAAGAAAAAAGUGAAAUUUCUCAAGGCAGAAAUAUUAAUGAAAUUUAUCGUGCACUUUAUCGGUGUGUGUGGUUAAGUGAGUGAGUGUGAGUUGUGUGUGUGUGUGCGUGAGAUUUUGGAAAAUUAUUAUAAAUUCCAAGAGGCUGGACGCCAGCAUCUCUGAAGCAGCGCCCACAACAACAACAAUAAGCAGCAGCUUAACGGAUUUUCUACUCUUUUUCGCUCUUUCUGCGUUAGGUCAAGAUAAGUCACCACGACGACGCGACGCGCGAAAAUGGCCAAAAUGGAGGUCGACGAUGUCGUCGACUUGAGCCUGAGUUCUGGCCGUGAUCCGGCGCUGACAAUAACGCCGGCCACGACGCCAACGUCGACGCCGACAACGAUCAGCAAUCGCGACCUGCGAGCGUUGACGGCGAAUAAUACCGGAUUGACCAUAACACCAGCUCCGGGACCCACAGCAACAGCUGCCACAGGCAAUGGCAACGAUACCAACAGCAGCAACAACAACAAUAAUAGCAACAACAACAGUAGCAACAACAGCAGCAGCAACAACAACAACAACAGCAGCAGCGACGUCGCCACAGCGGGCAGUGGGAGCAGCAGCAGCGCCGCCCAGGAUGAAAACAAAGUUCAACGCCGCGUCCUGCGGCCACGCACCGAACCCAAAUCAUACGCCGAGGCACCAGACAUUGUGCUGCUGCCAGCGCGCACGAAUGGCCGGCAGCAGAAUGGCAACAUUGAUUCGGAGACGGACGAUGAGGAGAUGCCGCCGUAUGUGCCCAUCAAGGAGCUGACGCAUGCGGAGCUGAAGGAGCGGGAGAAAAGUUUGCGUAAACUGAGGCAGGAUCUGCGCAAUGAGGAGACCAAGCUGAUGCUGUUGAAGAAGCUGAAGCAGUCGCAGCAGGUCAUGAAGGAGAAUCUGGUGGUGACGCCCACCAGUGUGUCGCCCAACAAUCCACUGGCUGCGAUACCCAGUGCUCUGACAGCGAAGGGGUCGCUCAGUGUGACGCCCACGUCCGCGUUGCCGAUGCCGGCCCACAGCAAGGGCCGGAGUAGCUUGGGCGGUGGAGCAGCUGCUGUUAGCAUAAGCGCCAGCAACAGCCGCAACAUAAGCUCCUCAGCAGCGACGGCCGCUGCGGUGGCCGCAGCCGCAGCAGCUCUGUCAUCGGGCUCGCAGCGCGGCGGCAGCAGCAACCUGAUUGGCAGCGGCAGCAACCACUCGAUACUCCCGCCACCUAGAUCCUCGCUGGCAGCAGCAGCCGGAGCGACACUGGCAGCGGGCACAACCAUAACGCCAGCCACAAAUAGUUCGCAUCGAUCGAACGUAUUGCCGCCGCGCACAAAUCUGCCGAAUCUCACGAUUACGCCGUCGGUGACCAUAACGCCAACGUCGGCGCCGCCAUCCAGCCUGAAAGCACGCAAUCCUAAUAUUUCGGAUAAUUCGAAGGUACCUGGGACCAUUAGCAAUUCCGUGUCUAUAACGCCGGCGCCCCCACUACAAUCGCAGCAUCAGAAUCAGCUAAACGAUUUGAAGAAUGAUCGCAAUGCACAGCGCGAGGAAGCUCAGACACCGGCUCAGCGUCAGGCAGCUGCUAAGAUGGCGCUGCGCAAACAGCUUGAAAAGACUUUGCUACAGAUACCGCCACCAAAGCCCCCACCGCCAGAGAUGCACUUCAUUCCCAAUCCAAGCAAUACGGACUUUGUUUAUCUGCUUGGCCUAGAGACAGUUGUGGAUUAUUUGACCGUGAACAAGAAGGCGAACGCUGUGGCGGCGCCCUUCCGUUGCGCCCAGUGCAAGAUAGACUUUACGCCCGUUUGGAAAUGGGAGAAACAGACCAACAAGGAGGCAAAGGUCAUCUGUGAGCAGUGCGUGACAUCGAAUGUGAAGAAGGCACUGAAGGCGGAGCACACGAAUCGACUGAAGCAGGCGUUUGUGAAGGCGCUGCAGCAGGAGCAGGAGAUCGAGCAGCGCCUGGCCAGCAGCCAGAGCAGCCCAUCGCCCGUUGAAGCGCAUGCCUCCAGCAACAAUGCCAACAGCGUCGCCUCCGCCCAUCAGCAGCAACAGCAGCAGCAGCAUCAGCAACAACAACAACAGCAGCAGCAGCAACAACAACAGCAGCAGCAUCAGCAGCAGCUCCAUCAGCAGGCGCUGAGGGAACAGCGCGAACAGCUGCAAGCAUCGCAUGCCUCUGCAGCAGCCGCUUUAGUUAAUUUGCCACCUUCGGUUACCGUUAUACCUACUAAAUGCCAGACACCUACGCCAGCACCGCGGCCCACACCGCCGCCGCCAAGCGUACAAAGUCAGCCUACGCCGCCACCGCCGCUGAAUCAGUCGGGAAGUACUCCACGCUCCUCGCGUGCUGCAGCCACAGCAGCAGCGGCAGCCAUUGCAGCCCAACAGGCGGGCAUACUGAGUCCCGGUCCAGCGGCAGCUGCAGCGGCGCAUCAUCACGAGGCGUCGACAUCUUCAACCGGUCGCUCCUCGGCGCGUGCCGAACGCGAACAUCACCAACACCAUCAUCAACAGCAACAGCAACAACAACAGCAGCAGCAGCAGCAACAGCAGCAGCAGCAACAACGCGAGCAGCAGCAACAGGCGCAGAACUAUGAUAAAUAUUCAGCUGCCACGCUGGCGGCAGCGGCGCAUCUCAGCGCUCUGGGCGGCAUGGGCGGCCUGAAUAUCAACAAUCUGGCAAGUUUGGGCAAUCUCAAUCAGCUGGGCAAUCUGGCAGCACUUGGCGGCUUGGGCAACUUUGGCAACGCCUCGACGGCAGCCAACAACCCAGCUGCAGCUCUAGGAAAUGCCUCGCCAGCAGCGGCCAUGCAAGCCUUUCAACAGCAGCUAUUUAGAGCACUUGGUCAGGGCCUGGGCGGUAAUCCGCAGCAUAUGAUGCAAUUUGCGCCACUUCUAUACACCUACCAAAUGGCCAUGGCGCAGGCGGCACAAGUGGCAGCUUUCAACAACAAUAACAAGAAGAGCAGCUCCGCUUCCAGUUCAUCGAAGAACUCCAGCAAUGCAACCAGCUUGGCUGACAUACAGCGGGCGGCGGAGCUACAGCGUCAGUAUCUGCUGGAGAUGAUACCGCCACAGCAGCCGAGUGGACCUAGCGGCAGUCGCCAGAACAAUUGGAAGGCCUAAACAGAGAACGAGGCUUAAUAUGAACAGUAACAGCAGCAGCAACAACAACUAACUAACUUUAUAAUUUUUCUUGAUUAGGUAAUUUUAUAAUUUACGCAAGCAAGCAUAAUGUACACGUAAAUACAAUGAUUAUACUAUUUGUAAACAAUAAUUAUAACAUAAUUAAUUAUACAUAAUUAUACAUACAAAAAGAAAAAACACAUCUUCAACGUAAUUGUUCGUAGUUUCCUUUUUUUGUUAAUACAUGUCGUGUGUUUCGCUCUCAUUUUCCAAACAACAAUUACGACUACAGUUACAACUAGCAAUAGAAAUCACAAAAAGAAAAAAAAAAUAAUUAAAC